GUGUAGAUGCUCUCUUCUGGAAGAGUUUUUGCAUAAGAACGCGCCAGUGUAGAUAGAGCCAAGCUGACAGCUCUGGAUGCUCUGCUAAGCAGCUGGGCGGAGUAUGAAUCACUCCAAAGCACUCAGCUAACAGGGAACACUGCCACAGACCUCCGCUUCUGAAUGCUAUCUCUCUUCUUUGCAGUGCUGAAGAAACGCCUAGUGAAGCUAGUUGUCAACUUUCUCUUCUACUUCCGCAUAGAUGAAGGAGAGCCAAUUGGAGCUUUGCUGUUGGAGCACUGCAGAGUCACCAAAGAAGAGGAGAAUGUCUUUUCGAUCAGUUUCAUCGAGGAGCCCGACCGGAAGUACUCCUUCGAGUGCGACACGGAGGAGCAGUGCCAGGAGUGGAUCGAGGCUCUCCGGCGAGCCAGCUACGAGUUCAUGCGGCGAAGUUUGAUCUUCUACCGGAAUGAGAUUCAAAAGAUGACGGGAAAGGACCCCCUGGAGCAGUACGGAAUCUCGGAGGAAGCCCGAUUCCAGUUGGGAACACGCAAGCUGUAACCUGGCAGCUCCCCCUCCCUCCCGCGGGGCUUUCCUGCCAUUCAGCCAGCUCCUCGGGAGGGGUGGGGGUUCAAACAGCGCGCCCCUGCCUUGGGGAGCGCCCGGGACCAAGCAACUGAUUUAUGGCCCAGAUGACUCGUAAUGGAUUCCUUGCGCACACACCUCCCUGUCUCCAGCCCCGCAGGCUCCCGCCCGGCUUACCUGGUCCCUGCUGCGCCAGCUUCCGCUGGGACUGUAAAACUGCCAGGCUGAGGGGCCGCUCCAGGGGCUGCGGAGGGCCCCUCUCCAGAGUCCUGGGUGGACGUGCCCUGGAGGGGGAGGCCCACUGGUGCUAGUAGAAGGCAGAAUGAUCUUGGGGUGGGGGGCAGGCUGGCUCGGUGCCAGGGUCUGUGGCGUGCCCAUAGUGGCAGCAUUUCUGCUGGGAAUGGCCUCAGGCAGCCGGCUGCACCCUCUGGGACGCCGAGUCAACUGGUGGCUGCUCUCUGGUUCAUCUCAAAGGCAGCAGGGGGCUUGCUUCCCAGGGUGGCUAUUGGCUGGGCGCUGCUUCGGCUCCGUGGGGUCGGCAGCCUGAGCCCUCUGCACCUCUCGCGUGUGCCCCAGGAAACCCCAGUACGAGCGUCAUUGGGGGGCAGGGGUGGA